AUGAGUCGCCCAUUGCAGCUCGACACCCAGGUGGGCCAGAGUCAGAGAUAUUCCUUCAUCGAAACACCUCUGGAGAUGCACUCAUCGUCACUGCAUCGUGAUCUCGAAGGCCACCCUCCAUUUCCGGCUGAACCUCAUCCACCGCAUCCACCUCUCCAGCAUCAACAACAGCAACAACAUCAACAGAAGCAGCAUCAACAGCAGCAGUAUCAAUAUCAACAACACCAACAAGAGCAGCAACGGCAACAGCAACAGCAGCCACCACCACCGCUCCAAGAGACUAUAAUCUCGCCAUCGCUCCAACAACCCGAGCAGGCCUCAGGCGUAUAUCAACAAGGCGGGAGGGUGUCACCUUUAGAAGAAGGCAGUGUACCAACCUAUUCGAGAUACCCGCAAUUUGACCAGCAUCCCAUUCAUUUCGCGCCUGUGAUCGAGUCUGCAAAACCGCAGCAACAGGCCGUUCGAUCACCGCAGUAUGCAUACAAUCCGCCGCCCAGCUCCCCCGGUCCUUUACCGAUAAAGACCAACCCGGAAGCCCCCAGACGAGCCGACACCUUCACCAUUACCCCCGAUGCGAAUCCUCUGCAGUCGCCCAAAUCUCCAUACUUCUCCCCUCCGUCGGCUGCGACACCAUCCCAGGCACCGACGAUAGAUGACUUGGCCUCAUACCACCAACCGGGGCAGAUCAUGCAUCCCAACCAAGAAGUAAACGGCGGGUCAUGGAAUCAUGGGCUGUGCGAAUGCUCGAAUCUUGGGACCUGUUGUCUGGGCUUGCUGGGCCCCUGCAUUCUGUACGGGAAAACGCAGCACCGUCUAUACAGGAAAUCGAAGAAAGAGGACCCGACAAAUAUGCUGGGAUAUGAGACGUGUAAUGGAUCUUGUACGGCAAUGGCCCUGUUGUGUGGGUGUCAAUGGCUGCUGGCUACGAUACAACAUACCCGAACGAGAAAGGCAUAUGGAAUCGAGGGCAACAUUGCAUCAGACUGUGUGCGCGCCACAUGCUGCACCUGCUGCACCCUCAUCCAAGAUGAGAAGGAAAUCCAACAGCGAGAGAAACAGCGCGGGCGUGCCGUCCUGGAGCGAGGCGCAACCCUGCUCUCCCCAUAUACAGCCCCGGGGCCAAUGUCGUAUCCCCCGCCACCAAAAUGA